CAUCGAGCUUCCCGUCCUUCCUCUCCCUUUCCGUCGUCUCUGCGGCGAGCGAUUAAUCCCACCGCCCUCUCGAUCCCAAAUCAUUGAUUGAUCAUCGAUUCCUUCUCCGUCUUCUUCUUCUUCUUCUUCGAUCACGAGAGAAGAGGAGGAAGAUCUGGUUUUUCGUAGCGACAGAGGAGGAGGAGGAGAAGAGGGCGCGAUUUGUUGUUGACAUCGAAAAGAGGAAUGGCGUAUAGGGCGGACGAGGAUUACGAUUACCUGUUCAAGGUGGUGGUGAUAGGGGACUCCGGGGUGGGGAAGACGAACCUGCUCUCUCGAUUCUCCCGCAACGAGUUCAGCACCGAGUCGAAGUCCACCAUCGGCGUCGAGUUCGCCACCCGUACCAUCUGCGUCGACGACAAGCUCGUCAAGGCACAGAUCUGGGAUACCGCCGGACAGGAAAGGUAUCGUGCAAUUACUAGUGCUUAUUAUCGAGGAGCUGCUGGUGCCCUUAUUGUCUACGACGUGACUCGUCAUAUCACCUUUGAGAAUGUGGAGAGAUGGCUGAAGGAACUCAAGAAUCACACAGAUCAAAAUAUAGUCAUCAUGCUCGUGGGCAACAAGGCAGACUUGCGCCACAUUAGGUCCGUCCCUCUAGAAGAUGCACAGGCCUUUGCUCAAAGAGAGAAGGCUUUCUUCGUAGAGACCUCAGCCCUUGAGUCCAUGAACGUAGAUAAUGCCUUCACUGAAGUGCUCACUCAGAUCUACCAUGUGGUCAGCAAGAAGAUGCUUGAUGCCAGUGACGAUACUUCAACUGUGCCUAAAGGGCAGAAUAUUAAGAUAGGGGAGGGUGACGAAGCCUUAAAGAAUGCGGGUUGCUGCUCGGCUGGCUGAUCUGUUUCUUACCGUUUUCAUGAUCUUUAUCAGUGUGCUGCUUGGCAUUUUUCGUGAGACUCAAGAUAGUAAAAUUUUUGAAUGCAUGAUUCUGAAAACAUGAAGCACCACAUGAAGUUUUAUAGCUGACUUAAAAGAGGAUGAACAUCUGCAUUCUGGUUACAAACAUGUUUUCUCGUCUCACUUGACAACAAA